UGAACAGUUCUCCUAAUUCCUAACAGCAGAAUGGCUGCAGUGCGGCGUUGCAUCGCGGCAGGGGUCUUCUUGGCGUGCAUGCUUGUGGGGGGGUCCGGUCAGGCUAUAGGGGGGGCUAAGAGUCGACCACGGCCCCAAAGACCCACUCCCAAGGAGCCAAAGGUCACUCCUAUUGAUGUGACCCAGCCAGCAGCAAACAUAGACAUACAGAAGAUGACAGGGAAAUGGUACCUGCUAAACACCGCCUCCAAAUGCUCGUACCUGAUGACUCAUGGGACUGCAGUUGAGCCCACAGUCAUUACCCUCACAUAUUCCCCCAGCGCCACUGAUACACUGUCGGUCAGCACCAAAACAAGACGUGAUCACCAGUGUUGGGAGGUCUUACAGGUCUACUAUCUAACUCAGACCCCAGGACGACUGACGCUUAAAGGACCACGACCAGAGCUGAACACUGAGAUAGUGAUAGGGGAGACAGACUACACAUCAUACGCCGUCAUUUACUUCCAGAAACAGGGAAAGAUGACUGUGAAACUCUAUGGCAGGUCUGUUGACAACCUGUCGGAGCCGAUGCUGACCAAGUUCGAGCGUCUUGCUGAUAAGCAGAAGUUUGGACUGGCGUACCUCGUCCCUUUUCCUACAUACAGUCACUGUGGUGAUGUGGACAAGGAUCAUGUCAUCAACUGCGUUCCCACGUGCUGAAGAAGCCGACCCGCUCCACAGGCUGUUCGGGCCUUGUGUCAUUUAAAGGGGGUCCAAUAAAACACAAUGGAGCGUGGCGCGACUGGCACCCGCUGAUUCUGACUAUCCCA